UAAGAGCAGUUGCCAUGCUUUUUUUUCUGCAGUGAUCAGUUUCCAACUGUGACUAUCUUGAACAUCAGUGUAUACUUCACACUACUAUCAAAAGCCAUGGCAUUCCAGUCUAAUAUUGUCAACUCUCAACCUACCGUUGUCACACAAUACACGGUAAACACGGGACGGUCCUCAGACUGGAGUACAAGCGUGUGUGACUGCUGCGAUGACUGUGGCAUCUGUCUAUGUGGAGCAUUCAUCCCGUGCAUCCUUGGUUGUAAAGUGGCUCAGGACAAUGGGGACAGCUGUUGUCUGCCUUUCCUCCCAGGUGCCAUGAUCGCUUUGAGAACAAGCAUCCGCAGCAAAUACAACAUUGAAGGAUCCGUGUGUGGUGACUGGCUGGUUAUGUCCUGCCUGCCUUUAUGUGGACUGUGCCAAAUGGCGCGAGAGCAGCAGAUGAGGGGAUAAACACAUCGCUGUAGUUUUCACAUAACCAUGUAAGAGGAAUGUGUAAAGGUUUGCUGUAUGGGUCUGGUCUGGAAACAAUUUCAUGAAUUUUAUUUUGGAAUACAUAUAUUUGUUAUUUAAAUUAACAGUUCUUACCAUUGUGGAAUAUUACAUCUGCUUUCUAGGCUGAAAACUGUAAAUUAUCUAAGGUGGAGGAAGAAACACAGUUAAAACUAAGAUAAAUGAUAAAUGUUAUAGAGUGAUUGUGGUGAAUUAAUCAAACAAGAAAGAAUAUAGAACAAUAGUGACUAUUGAAGCAGCACUGAUUCUUGCUUUUGAGGCAAUUGUUUUGAACAUUUAAACAGAUUCAUUAUUAUUAAAUAAUAUGAAUUAUGUUUCAGUAAGAUGUCACAUUUUCUUUAAAAGAAUAGUUUUGUAUAUAUGUACUUCUACUAACACAAUCACAAGCAUCUCA